CUUCUGGGCGUUGCCAAGAUGGACGCUUCGCGGGCCCGGGAGCAGCUCCGGCGGCGGUACCUGUUUCCGCGGGACACCGAGGCCCCGCUGGACAGCGAGGGCUACGCCAGGCCGGAAGUCUCUACCGCUGUUGAGAGAAAGGAGAAACCUCUUCCAAGACUUAACAUCCAUUCUGGAUUCUGGAUUCUGGCAUCCAUUGUUGUGACCUACUAUGUUGAUUUCUUUAAAACCGUUAAAGAAAACUUCCACACCAAUAGCUGGUUCGUGGCUGGCGGCACCCUCCUGCUGAUCAGCCUGUCGCUUGCGUGUUACUGCAUCCUCUAUCUGGAGUGGUGCCACGGGAUUGAAGAUUACGACGUCAAGUAUCCAGCCUUGAUACCCGUGACAACCGCCGCUUUUAUUGCGGCCGGCGUCUGCUUCAAUGUUGCCCUGUGGCACGUGUGGUCCUUCCUCACCCCGCUGGUGUUGUUCACUCAGUUCAUGGGCGUUGUGAUGCUGAUCUCACUCCUUGGGUGAUGUCCAGAGGUGUAAGAGCGUGUCACUUCAACGCGAACGAUUCAACACCCAGCCAGCUGGCAGCAUCGCAGGUGUAACAGAAGUGCUACAACGUGUCCUCAUAUCCAGGAAGUGAGUGGUUUCCUCGGAAAAACUAUAACGUUGCAGUCUGGUUGACAUCAGAAUAAAUUCGAUUUCGUUUGUCUG